CAGGCCACCAAAUACCGCAGCCGUAAGCCAUGUGGCUCAUCCAGACCCAGACUCUGAGGCUUCAUGCCUUUAUGCCUCCAGACCUGCCACCAUACGCCAUACUAUCUCACACCUGGGGACCCGGAGAGGUGACUUUCCAGGAGUUCCCAGAUCUCGAAGCCGCUAAAGGAAAAGCCGGCUAUAUCAAGAUCCAGAAGACAUGCGAGCUCGCUAGGAGAAACGGUCUGGAAUGGGCAUGGGUGGACACCUGCUGCAUCGACAAGUCCUCAAGUGCCGAACUCUCAGAGGCGAUCAACUCAAUGUUCGAGUGGUACGAGCUCUCAGCUGUCUGCUUCGCUCAUCUCGCGGACCUGCCGGUUGAGUCCCCCACGCUAUGGAUGUCCGAGUCUGGCGUUUACAAGCGCGCGUGUCGUUGGUUCGAACGUGGCUGGACCCUCCAAGAGCUCAUUGCGCCCAAGAGGUUGGAGUUCUUCGACUGUGAAUGGAACUCGCGCGGAUUCAAGACCGACAGCUCCGUCCUGCGGCAAUUGUCGGCCAUGACCGGGAUACAUGGCAAGACUGCCCGAGUACUGAAGAACAGCGCAGCAAUCACCGAGGUUUCCAUCGCCGAGAGAAUGUCUUGGGCGUCAAAGAGGCGCACAACACGGGUCGAAGACAUGGCCUACUGCUUACUUGGUCUCUUCCGCGUCAACAUGCCCUUACUUUAUGGGGAAGGGUCACGAGCUUUCAUGCGGCUUCAGGAAGAGAUUCUUAAGAACAGUACCGAUAUGUCACUCUUCUGCUGGACCGCGCCGCCGGAAGCCUCGCAGCCGUACCGCGGAUUGCUGGCCCGACAUCCCUCGGAGUUUGCGUCGUGGUACGACACAGAAUCCACCUCGCGAAAGUCCAUCAGUUGGGCCAUGUGCGAGCAAGAGAAGGAGUUUUCUUCAACAAACAAAGGGAUUCGCAUGGACGCGACCUUGGCAAGUUUCUUUGUUCAUGGCGAGAACAGGACGUGCCUUAGAUGUACGCUCUUCCCGGACGAUUACGUCGUCUUCAUACCGCUGCGAUACCACCGGGACAAUAUCUACGUAAGAGAGCUUCCUACCACUAUCAUUCCCUCGCGCACAACAAGACACGAGCAGGAAACCAUAUACAUCGCAAAGGACGUGGAUGAGCGUAUGUCAAUCAAUCUGCAGGCAAAGAUGUCGGAGGCUUUGAGUAUCGACAGGUCUCUACUUCCGGCCCACUUCUCGUUGGAAGUUACCGAAACCUGGCCCAAGAACCUGUGGCAACCUCAGCGACAGCAGUAUGCCCUACCCGGAUCUAAACUAUUUAGCUGCAUCACUUCAUACAGCGUCUAUUUUGGAACCGUCCAGGUCGGUGAUGUGUGUCUCAUUUGCCAGCGGCAUUCUUCUGCACUGCAGCCUUUGCGUUACGCCUUAAUCCCUUUGCAAGAAGCAACCGGCCGUGCCGGCAUUAUAUCGCAGAUAAAAGAUCAUGAGAGCAGUGGUGCAGGAGGACAGCCUGUUGAAGCUUUUAGUCUGAUGGAGCAAUUCAUCAUUGAUGGUCGUCAGGCAGUGGACCUUUGGCACGGAGAUGUCAGCUUCUCACUUUUCGUAACACGACACUCUGAGACUGAGGGGAGUGCGAACAAACUCUUUUUGAAGGUAACUUCCUUCCAAGAUCUUCUUCAUCCAUUACCUGUCAGAGAAACAAAACCCAUCUCUAUCGGCGAUAGUAAGGGGCCAGGUCAUCGCCUCGAACGUGCUCCUCAGAUAGGAGGAGACGGCGCUGUGGUGCAGCCACCGAAACGAUCCGAUAUCGCGGAAGCGGAGCGGGAAAACUCAGGGUAAUCCAGAUUGAGUACAUCUACUAUACACAUUGUAAAUUUCGAA